GGCGCGGGACGCGAGGAACGCGCGGAACCCGAACCGCCACCGCCACUAGUGUUGUCGACGAGAAGGGUCGACACCGUCGACUCAAGGAGGUGAUCGGAGAACUCGCACGCUCUUUUUUUUUUCCCCCCCGCGGACGGCACGGGGGUCGAGAGGAUCGCGCGAGUGCGAGACGAACCGCUGCACGGCGCGUGUUCCGCGACUCGCCCGCUCGUGGACACCGGUGGGUCCGUGCCGGCGACGGACGCGCGGACUGCUCGCGGGGUGUAGUGAAACACAUGUGUCGCGGCCGUGCGGUGUUUUCCACCGCUGCGGACUGCUGCCCGUCGCCGUACCGUGCCGCAGGCUGCGCGAGGUCCCGGGCACGCGGAUCGCGGGAGCUCGGGACGCUCGUCCCCGCGGAUAUUCACCGGGACGAUGCGCCGCGCUCCAGCGGCGGCGGAGUAACGAGCAGAAGCGGAAGGCGGUAGUGCGUGGGUGGGUGGGUGUCUGGUGGCCGCCAACACUCAUGCACACCGGAUUUCUCCGUGCGCCCCGUGCGAAACUCGAGCCCGUCGCGGUCGACCUGAUACCCGAUUCGCGUCGCCCGACGACGCGCGGGUGAUCGGCACCUCCCGGCGUCGAUCGCCGUCGGUCGUUGCACGCGCGCACGUUGCACUCCCCGAAGUAUCGAAGAGAGGAAAAAAAAAAAUAUGUCGCCCCUCCGUCUGGAACAUUUGACGCUGCUGCCCGCGCGCUCCUGAUCCCGCUGGUGCGAUGACACCGCGACCGUGCCGACGACGGAUCGCAGAACUGGAGAACGGUCACGCGUUCCUGCCCGCCGCGUGCCUCGCCAGAGAAUAAGCGGCCACGGAUUCGCAGCCGUGCCGAACUGUGUGUGUAUCUGUCAGCCAUCAUGAUCGCCCGCGAGUCAUGACUACUGUGCCCUACAAUUUCCGACGUCCCGCCUGAGAGUGGCACGAGUUUUGACCGUCUCUCGCACGUGAGACACGUGCCUCAGACUUUCUAAAUUGCAGGUCCUCGUUCUGUCGGUGGGGACGGAAAGAGAAAAAGAAGGAUUUCUCGAGGAUGUUCUGUGCCGCGCCGAGUUCGAACGCCGCGACGUUUCAAGGCGCUGAAGGCUUGCCUCGCUGAGAGAAAGUCGACGUGUUUUCUGUUAUCCUGUCGUGUCACACGCUGUAAGGUCCGAGUAUGAGAGGCCCAGCGGAGGAAAAUGGAUAUCGGUAAAGUAUCAGCAUGCGUGAAAAGUCAGCAGAAUGUCAUGCUCACGCAGGUCACGUGAGGGGCACGACAGAGAUGUGCUCGCGUGAUCCACCUACAUUGCACCCGACCCUCGCCAAGGCAAAUGGUAAAAAUUCGAGUCCCCAGCCAGCUCAUCAUACGGAGGCACGUAUCGACAACAGUCUACUGCCGGCUUCCGGAGGCCGCUUGAAAUUCUUCAAGGAUGGAAAAUUCAUCCUGGAACUGUCUCACCGCAAAGACGGCGAAAAGACUACAUGGUUUCCCGUGCCAAAGAAGACGUUUUGGCCUCCCGCUAGCACUAUCCCGAAUCGACAGGAGAGCUCUACUUCCCUCAGUGUUUCCGAUGACAACUCGUCGGUCCAAUCCAGUCCUUGGCAGAGAGAUCACUGUUGGAAACAGACUCAUCCUCGACGCAGGAUAACCACGGAAUUCAACUUUUAUUAUCGCCGAAAUCCGAAGACUCGUCUGUGCGCGCAUCCUCGCUUGAUAGCGAGGAAACGCAGGCGCCCGUUGGAUUCUACGACUGCGAUUCCAGUUCCGGAAUCGACGGCCUACCCAACGAGAACGUCACGGAAACUGAACGGCACAUCGUCGUCGUCGUCGUCGGGCAAAGUUCUGACUCUUAUUAUUGACAAACUAGCGCGGCUGCUCGAUCCCAAUGUCGUCUCGCCUCGCAAGCGCAUACUGCGAGAGCUGGAGAGAGUCUCGUUGGAGGAUCAGGCGUCCAAGAGACGGGCAACACCGCAGCCGGUUUGCACCACGAGUAGUGCGCCGCCGACUCCCUCCUCAAAGCAAGUAUCGUCGUACAGUAUAACGAGUAUCCUGGGAGAGGACAAGCCGAGUCCCGAACCGGGCUUCUUGAGGACGUUGCUGAAGCCGGACGACCGGCAGCCUGUGAAAUACUCAUCGACUAACGCCUAUCCGAGGGUACGAAUCGACCCCUAUAUCGGGUCCAGUAAUACAUCUGUUCAUCACCCGCUCUACGGGAUACCGAUGUUGCCACCUGGACCGUACAGGGCGCCCCUAUGGAUGGCUCCCCAUUAUCCGUCUCCCGUCCACUAUCCGCCUCCUAUGCAAUUGUACGCACCGCCGCAUUCUCAUCCAUCGUCUCCACAUUACAAAGAUUACAGGGAACAAACUCUCACACCUCCUUCAGAUAUGCCUCUGAAUCUGUCGAAGCAUGCGGGUUGAAUCUCAGGAUCCCAAUAGAGUUGGUGCCUUACGAGUGGACAAAACACUACGCAAACACUGCCCGUGCAACGACAAUGCGAUAUAUAUUAGUAUUUUUUUAUUACAUAAAACAAUAGUAUCCUAGUAAGUAGAGAGAGCGAGAGACAGAUACAAUGAAGCCAGACGGUUGGAUUCUGGAAAAGUUAUACUUGUACAUAUAAAUGCAUAGAUUUGUCGAUGGCGGCAUAGGUAUUUUAUAUUAAUAUUACAAGAUUCAAAAAAAGGAAAAAAUCGUAAGUGGUAAUAUACAAAAACGUUAUGGAUAAAAGAUACAACUGUGUGUGUAUGUGUAAACACACAUUUUUAUCGUACGUGACCUGCGAGCCGUAAUAAAAAAAAAAAAAAUGAGAAAAAAAAGAAUAAAAAAAGUCGAUGCGCAAUUUCUUUUUUUUUUGCUGUUAUUUCAAACGAUCGUGAAUAUAUUUUCUCAUACGAAUUUAACUGCGACCGUACGAUGUGUAUUGGUGAUAUCAUCGCAUUCAUUCGUACAUUUUUAUUCUUUCGACAUUGUUGACUCGUAUUUCAUACAUCGCGACGAAAGACGGGUGAAACACACGCGUAAGUUUGUGUACGAGCAGGUCUCACUCUGUGCAUCUCAUUUAUGCAUUUUCCUGUUUAUUCUUAUAACGUUACUGUCAUUAUUAUCAUGAAUGAGAAAAAAAAUGGUACAUUAUCUUAAAGGAAUCGAUAAGAAAGACAUAGGAUUAUGUACAGAACAGAUUAUUGCCUCUAUAUCUCUAGCAUAUUAAUUAUUCUUAAAGAUAGAAAUGCAUAAUAAAAUUUAGGCUCUAAUAGAAUAUAUUCAACAAUGGUAUACAGUUAUUUAUAUGAUAUUAUAUAUAAACGCAAAAUAUGAAGAGAGAGGACACAAAAUUACUUUGAUAACCGACCGUGGGGUGUGCCUUACAGAUAAUUAACGAAAUUCCAUAAAACUAAAUUACGAACGUUCUUGCGGAUAUGUAUUAUUACGAAAGGAGAGGCACUAUAUAUUAUGUAUAUAAUAAAUAUAUCUUUGUGUUACACGUAUUUUUCAUCAAAUCGACAUUUAUUCGUUGCUCUAUUUAUUUUUAGUCAGGUUGCAUCGAGAAACAUUUCACGAGAAAGCAAGGCAAGCUCGCACAGGUUCUACAAGUAUAAGUGAGUAAUUUUAAUUAUUCGACGCGAUUCUCUUUAGCGAUUCCCGACGAAAUGGAGAAGUAUGUGGACUGCGCAUUAGCAAUUGUAUAGAAAAAGACUAAUUUCGUAAAUAUAAAUAUUUCAUAUACUACA